UUUAGCUGGCAAAAAUCUAAGAACAGAUGGAAAGAGUCAAACACUUUUUCUCCUCCUUAGAGCGGUCAGGGGUCACAGGCACAAGGCGUUGUGUGAUGGGGCAGCAGUGUGUGUGUGUACCCGUGCACGCACACACAUGCAGAGCUGUGAUGGACAGGGUCAGAAUCCCCCGUGCCACCCUGGAGACCUGCCCCAGCAUUUCGGGCAGGUCCGUGCUGCCGCCUUCCCCAGCCCUGCCGCACUCAGGGGGCAGCGGCUCCGCUCCGCGCCCAGCCCCGUCCCGCUGCCAGCUGCGGCUCUGCCACAGCCGGGGCACGGCACGCGCUGCCCGCGCCAACCGCCCAACGGUCCCCCGCGCGCCAACCGCCCCCGCGCGCCAACCGCCUCAACGGUCACCCCCGCGCGCCCAACGGUCACUCCCGCGCCCGCCGCCUCAGGGAGGGCCUCGGUCGCCCCCCGGGCGCUGGCGUUGAGGCGGGGCGAGGCGAGGCGCGGCCUCCGCGCGCCGGAAGUCGGGCGGCGAAGGGGGGGAGCGCGGAGCGGCGGCGGGGAGCGGCCAGCCGGGAGCGGCGAGCGGGGCUGGGCAGGGCAGGGCAGGGAGGGAACGGCGCUGCCCGAGCCCGGCGCGGACGUGCUGCGGCUGCCGGGCGGAGGCGGUGCGGCGGAAACAAGCAGCGGGGAAGGAAGGGAGCGGCGGCGGGAGCCGGGAGCCGCGGCCACCAUUAGCGGCGGGAGGAGCAGCAACAGCAGCAGCCGCGGGGGGCUGCGGGCGGAGCGCGGUGCCGCCGCCUCGCCCCUGCGCCUCACGGACACCGCCGCUGCCCGCCGGGGGCUCCCCGCAGCUGAGGCGAGAUGGUGCACUUUCAACUUCAGUGGUGUGUUUCAUUUCUGAAAUGUGAUGACUUGGGCAUCUCUUUUUGAAAAGAUGGAGCAAUUAUCAGAUGAAGAGCUUGACCAUGGUGCGGAAGAAGAUAGUGAUAAGGAAGAUCAGGAUCUGGACAAGAUGUUUGGGGCCUGGCUGGGAGAACUAGACAAACUCACACAGAGUUUGGAUACAGACAAACCUGUGGCACCAGUGAAGAGAUCACCUCUCCAUCAGGAAACUAAUCUUGCCAACUUCUCAUAUCGUUUCUCCAUGUACAAUCUAAAUGAAGCCCUGAAUCAGGGGGAGACUGUGGAUCUAGAUGCCCUCAUGGCUGAUCUCUGUUCCAUAGAGCAGGAGCUCAGCAGCAUUGGGUCUCAUUCAGCAAAUAAUACUGCAGUGAAACGCCUUGCCACAGAACCCAAAGCUCAGAAACCACCUGCUAGCCGACCCUCUACUAAGCACAGCAGUAUGAAAGGAUUAUCCUCUUCAUCUGGUAAGGUGACUAAACCAUCACAUGCCAACGUUUCUUUGGAUGACAUCACUGCACAGUUAGAGAAAGCCUCUUUGAGCAUGGAUGAGGCAGCCCAGCAGUCAGUUGAAGAAGACACCAAACCAGUAGUUACUGCUCAGCACAGGAGGACAGCAUCUGCUGGCACAGUGAGUGAUGCUGAGGUGCGCUCAAUCAGUAACUCCUCCCGUUCCAGCGUUACUUCUGCAGCUUCCAGCAUGGACUCCUUGGAUAUCGAUAAGGUGACAAGGCCUCAGGAAUUGGACUUGACAUCACAAGGGCAACCAAUCACUGAGUCCAAGCAUCCCAUUAAUUUUACAGAAGAGGAGGCUGAACUGAUUCCUCACUCCUAUUUGGACAGGGAAACCUCCCUCCUUCUCCGAAACAUUGCAGGAAAGCCUUCUCACUUGCUGACCAAGGAGGAACAGGCUGCUAAACUGAAAGCUGAGAAGAUCAGAGUUGCGUUAGAGAAGAUUAAAGAGGCACAAGUGAAAAAGUUGGUGAUCAGAGUCCACAUGUCUGAUGACAGCUCAAAAACAAUGAUGGUAGAUGAGAGGCAGACAGUGAGACAAGUAUUAGACAAUCUGAUGGACAAAUCACAUUGUGGUUACAGUUUAGACUGGUCAUUGGUGGAAACCAUCUCUGAACUGCAAAUGGAAAGGAUCUUUGAAGAUCAUGAAAAUUUAGUUGAAAAUCUUCUGAACUGGACAAGAGACAGUCAAAACAAACUAAUGUUUGUGGAACGCAUAGAGAAAUAUGCACUUUUCAAGAAUCCCCAGAACUAUCUUCUGGGGAAAAAAGAAACCUCUGAGAUGGCAGACAGAAAUAAAGAGGUGCUGCUAGAGGAAUGUUUCUGUGGAAGUUCUGUAACUGUGCCAGAAAUUGAGGGAGUUUUGUGGCUGAAAGAGGAUGGUAAGAAGUCUUGGAAGAAACGUUACUUUCUCCUUCGAGCUUCUGGAAUCUAUUAUGUCCCUAAAGGGAAGGCAAAGGUCUCGCGGGAUCUUGUAUGCUUUCUACAGCUAGAUCAUGUCAACGUUUACUAUGGACAAGACUAUCGGAACAAAUACAAAGCACCCACAGACUAUUGUUUAGUGCUGAAGCAUCCUCAGAUCCAGAAGAAAUCCCAGUAUAUCAAGUAUCUUUGCUGUGAUGAUGUAAGAACUCUACACCAAUGGAUCAAUGGCAUCCGCAUUGCUAAGUAUGGGAAGCAACUGUACAUGAAUUAUCAGGAAGCAUUGAAGAGAACAGAAUCGGCGUAUGACUGGACUUCCUUGUCUAGCUCCAGUAUCAAGUCAGGCUCCAGCUCAUCUAGUUUGCCAGAAUCUCAGUCAAAUCAUUCUAAUCAGUCUGACAGUGGAGUUUCUGACACCCAGCCAACUGGACAUGUCCGUUCCCAAAGUAUCGUCAGCUCCAUGUUCUCUGAGGCCUGGAAGCGAGGCACUCAACUGGAGGAAUCCAGCAAGGCCCGAAUGGAGCCUGCAGGUCGGCCCUUCAUGUCUGUUGCACCUCCUGUGUCCCCGCAGACAAAAGUGGCGACCCCCUAUGCAGCCUCACAGCCAUCCCCCCCGCUGCCCCCACCGCCGCCCCCCCCUCCUCCACCCCCACCUCCCCCUCCUCCUCCUCCACCCCCCCUCCCCAGCCAGGCCGCCCCGGCUGCUGCCUCCCCCGCCACCAUGUUCGUCAAGUACAGCACCAUCACCCGCCUGCAGAACGCAGCCCAGCACGGCGGCCCUUUUGCCAAGGCCCCCGCCGCACCGCAGCCCCCCCCGCCCCCUCCAGCCUCGGGCAAGCCUCAGAUCCUGGUGCCCCCCAACGGGGUCAUGCCGCCUCCCCCCCCUCCGCCGCCGCCUCCCACUCCGGGCUCAGCCAUGGCACAGCUGAAGCCGGCACCUUGCGCCCCGUCUGUGCCGCAGUUCACGCCUCCGCCACCCCCCCCCAAAAUCCAUCAGGUGCAACCAAAUAUAAGCCAGGCUGCUGCCACUGCAGCCGCUGCCACCCCCCCGUUGCCACCCCCUCCUCCCCCCGUGCCUGCGCCCCCACCGCCCCAAGCGCCCCCAAAGCCUCUCAUGACAGCUCUCCCUCCGCAGCCCAGCGGGAAGGCAGCGUCACCAGGGGUCACGCAUGUCACCCCCCCUGUGCCAGUUCCCUUGCCCCUUGCAAUUAAGAAACAGCCGAGUGUCACCUCUUCCCAGGUGCCUCCGCUGCCCCCAGCCCCUCCAGGCCCCACUCCUCCCCCAACGUUCCCAAAGCAGCAGAGUUUCUCUGUGAAGCCGCCUCCGUCCCCUCAGUCCCCAGUGCCGUCAGUGGUGAAGCAGAUAGCCAGCCACUUCCCACCUCCUCCCACCCCACCUGCCGCUGAGCCCCAGCCUCUGAAACCCCUGCCGCUGAGCGUGGCUCCCCAGUCACCUCCAGCGGUGAAGGCGAAGCCCAAGUGGCAGCCUGCCUCUGUUCCCUCUCCGGAUUUCCCCCCUCCUCCACCAGAGAGCAGCUUAGUGUUUCCUCCUCCACCUCCUUCCCCAGCUACCUCUGCAGGUUCUCCCCCCCCUGACAAAUCAGGGUCUCCAGUCAAAAAGACCAGCAAGACAUCAAGCCCUGGAGGGAAGAAACCACCUCCAACACCUCAGCGGAACUCCAGCAUCAAAUCCACCAGCUCCACUGAGUACCACGAGUCCAAGAGACCUUCAGUGGACCGCCUUGUCAGCAAAUUUGCACACCCACCAGAGCCGUCAGGGUCUCCUUCGAAGGAGUCGUUGCCUCCUGCAGCCCCUCCAAAGCCUGGAAAGCUCAACCUUUCUGGUGUGAGCUUGCCCAUCGUCGUUCCGCAUGGAGGGAUCCCGGCCAAGGCUCCUGUGCCAGGUGUGUCUGGGAAGGAACCUGUGGUUGAAUUCCCUUCACCGCCGUCAGAUUCAGACUUUCCACCACCGCCACCCGAAAUAGAUCUUCCCAUCCCACCGGUUGAGAUCCCAUCGGUGUUUUCAGGCAGUACCUCCCCGAAAGUCGCUGUUGUCAAUCCCCAGCCUCAGGCGUGGUCAAAAUCAUCCAUUAAAAAAGCCCCACCGCCCACGCGUCCGAAGCGGAACGACAGCACUCGGCUGACACAGGCAGACGUCGCAGAGCCACCGGUGACUCCUGGCCCCCAAGUGCCCACCUCACCCAAGUCCAGCCUUAGCGUUCAGCCGGGAUUCUUGGCAGACCUCAACCGGACGCUGCAGCGGAAAUCCAUCACCCGGCACGGCUCCCUCUCCUCUGCACGGAUGUCCAGAGCAGAGCCCACAGCCACCAUGGACGACAUGGCCCUGCCGCCACCCCCACCGGAGCUUCUGGCUGACCAGCAGAAGACGAGCAGCUUCAAGGGCAGUCAUAUAUCUGGCUAUGCAACAUUACGGAGGGGGCCACCGCCUGCACCUCCCAAAAGGGAUCAGAACACCAAGCUGUCGCAGGACUGGUAGUCCCCAGGGGCCGGUGCUCUCUGACUCGAGGGCUGCGCUGUGGUCAGGCAGCCUGUGAUGUUGUGCGCUUGGAGAGAAUGUGGGGACGUGGACAAUAGCCCCGUCAAAAGAGGUGAUCUCAAACUGUAGCUAAGAGUAAAGAUAAAGACAUUCCCCUUUCAUGGCUAGGCCAAAAAAGUGGGGGGCUUGGGGUUGUCAAUAUUUUAUUGGGGGAGGUGGGUAGAAGAGGCAUCAACUUAAUCCUUUCGAUUUCUUUUACCCUUCGUAUGGAUUGGACCAAAAUCCCUUUUUCUUACUUUUUCUGCAUUGAGGGGAAGAUAAUUUUUGUAGUGUCUGUCCAUGUGAGACAUGUUUGUGCAUGUAUUAUAAGUGUAGGUAUAUAAUAUAUUGUGAUAUAUUUCGUCGCAAUUAUAGAAGAUAACCAGAAUGUUUUUGUAGAGCCGUAUUUAUUGUUUCAGUCACUAUAUUAUUGGGAAUCAGACUCUGUAACCAGUCAAAUCUUACCGUAUAAGAUGAAGAUGUAGAGGGCACUUUAAAGAAAGGAAGAAGGAAAAAGUAGGGAAAAAAAAGCACCACAAACCUUUUGGCAGUUUGUGAUGGGUAAAUAAUGGUGUAAAGUGGAGGUGUUCUGCUAGUAGUUGUACAUUGGUCCUUGAUUGAAAAAUACAGACUCAACAUACCAAAACAUUCUGGUCAUAAUACUACUGAAAAUGAGUAUGUUCUGACAAAGAAAAUAGAUUUUAUAUGUAGUGGGCUGGAGUGAAAUAUAUUUAUACUAUAAAGAACCUCCCCCUUCCUUCCAAAUAGUUUAAAAAUAUACACUGCUACAAAAUAAUUCAAAAUUACUUGCCCAUGAAGUAACUAGGAUAAAUGUGUAUUAUUCCAAUCCAUUAUGCAUUUUAAGUUUAUAAUAGGCUCGAUCAUUUGUUUUUAUGGCACAAGAUGACCAUUUGUGUUAACCCCUUCUGAAAGCUGCCAGGACUCCUGCAAUCAGUGCCGACUCACAAGCCUGACCUGUGUGGAUCCAUCACUUGUGCGUGUCAUUCUUUCCCUGAAUGAACAGGUAGGUUUCUGUAGAGAGCGCUCUGUUCUCACAGACACAGCGUACAGUCUCACAUUGUCUGUGCCUGAUAAGAUGUAUUAUCUUUACAAAAAACAAGUGUCUGGAAACAGUGUUGUUUGUAAUUCAUUAGAAACUGUCAGGAAACUUGUCUUUCUAGAAAGAGAGAAGGGAAUGGUAAUUUCAGGCUAAGCACAGCUGGAAUUCUCUUUUCUUUGACCUGCCAGGGGCUCUGACCAAUGCAUAAAUCUGUUAAUUAUGAAGUUGCACUUAUAGCAGUCAAGGGAGAGGACUGGAAAAAAAAUCUUUGAGAGGCAAUAACAUUUGCUAUUAGUUUAAUUUAAGGAGCCGUAUGAGUAGGAAAUAGUUUAUCAUGUUUGCUUUUUUUUUUUAUUGCUACCGAGUCACAAUCACCGUAUCAAGUACUAGCGUCCUUCAUCUUGUAUUUCAGGAGUUUGAUUAUACAGUCUUACCUACAUAUUGGACACAAUAAGGUAUUGUAAUUAGGAUAAGUGGUCUUGGGUGUUAUGCAUGUUCAUUACAGGGUAGUGGUACACAAUCUUUUUAAAUUAACUAAAAUACUUGGACUGUACCUAUGCCAUCUGCAGUCGUUAACUUCCCUGGUCAUUACAGGGAUACUGUCAAGGCUCAGAUGGCAAAGGAUUCUACUGUUUACCUUUAUUCCAAAAGCAAAUACUAUAUGCUUUUCUCCCCCAAAAAGUGAAUCAAAGGAAGUAGCUUAACCUCACAGUAUCUUCAAGUGUGUAAAAACAAGAUGGAAACUAAUCUCUCAUUAGAGUAACUCAGAUUGAUAAGAAAUAUUGUGAGUGUCCCCUAUUCCUUUUUUUAUUUAUUUUUUUUAAAUCCAAAUAAUAAAAUUAAUGUAUUUGUGAAUAAUUUAUGAAUAGGAAAAAGGUUUUGCCAAUUAGAGGGGAAAAAUGAUACAUCUAUAACUAUAUAGUUUUAAAUAAGUGCAUCAUGAAAAGAGAAAAAUUAAUGGUGCUCUAUUGACCUGUUUCAUAUAAUUUUAUAAAAUCUAUUUCAGCACCUCUGGAAAUUGUUUUAAUAUUUCUGACUAGUUUUUUUGAGCAAUAACAAUAUACCAUUGUGUGCAUUUUUAAAGCACUGCUAUAUGGAAAGGCACUUUUUUUGUAUCUUUCAAAUUGUUCACAAAGUUUUGUUUCUACUAUUUUUGUGCUUAUCAAGUGUCCUUAACAGCAUUUGCAUUGUUGAUUUUAAGCAUGGUCAGUAUAGCUGGCAAGUAACUUCGCAGGAAGAUUAAGCUAUACUGCAAUUCAUGGGUGCUGUAAUUUUCUACGUUGGUCCUGCUGCUGCUUUGUACUGUAUGCAGUUCCUGGGGCUCACACCCACCAGUGCAGAAGGUGUGCAAAUACAGUUGUAACUCCCAGCCGUUACUGAUGAUAGGUAAGUGGACAAAUCCUCUACUCCCUGAUGGGGUGCAUCUGGGCUGACACAGCACAUGCUCCCAGAUGAGAAUCAGUCAGGGAAUUCUUGCUCCGUUUUCCUUUCCCUACAAGAUAGCUAGCUCCACUGGUGGGUGAUGGUUGCAGCCCUUUUUCUCCUGUUCACUCAGUGCGGGUACCUCUAGGAUUUGCACUUGGCAGAGCAAUGUUUUAAGUGCAGUUUUUUCAGAGGCGUUUGAACUUUGUUCUUGUGCCCAGUUUCAUUUACCCAGUAUCUCCCCCUAAGGCAAUGAAUCCAUGCUUAACGUUGCAGGCUGCUUAACAGCUUGCUGGGAGACAGAAGUUUAACUCAAGGUUCGCAGCAAAAAGAGUGAGUGUUGGCAAAGGUUGCAAGAUUGCAUCCUUAGUAGAACGUACUUCAUCAGUCACUAGUGAUACAGAAAAUGUGAGUGGCUGCAGCUUUGUCUCAGAUGUGUGCUGAAAUUUGGAUACAGAGUGAUUCAGACAACCUGGUUGUCUUUUCAGCUUUUUGGAUCCUGUCAAUGUAACUUGCUUUUCCAGUUUAUUUACUGUUUUAUGACAGCCAAUAUGCCUUAUUUGCAAGUAAGUUAUUUUUUCCCCUUGUGCUCUGGUCUCAGAAUUGUACCAUUUUAACUUGUAAAAUCAGAAAAUAAAGGGGCCAAAGCUCACACAAAGCAAGAUGCUUCUUGCUACAAACAGGGGCAGUAAUCCUUUUCGCACUACUAAAAUGAGUGUGUGAGAGCUGAGCUCUCAUACGCUGGACCCACAGAUAGCAGAUGCUUUUAUCCUAAAAUACUGAGAGAGUAGAGCUGUAGUUAUGUGGCAUGAUGAAGUGUGUAUACCCUUUGGCACUUAAUGUGUAUGUGAGGGAAAGCCCUGCUCCUGCAGGAGGAGCUGAGAGCUGACAGCUGCAUUCUUUGUUCUUCGUUUCCUCUCUGCCAAGCAGCUGUAGCAUCCACCUUUGCAGGUAGCAGGGAUCUGUUCAGCCAGCAGAGAGGGGAGGUUCUCUGCACAUGCAGCACAGCUGUAGAAAGCAGGAACCUGGGCUUCUCAGGCACUCCAGUUUAAUUCAGCUCUUGUGGAAUUGCUUUGGAAAGAAAAACUAGGCCCUCAUAACAGCACUAAUCAUAGAGGGAAAAUGUUAGUAACAAGAAAAGCUUUUGAGCACGUCAUUCUGAAGAAAUCAUUGGUAACGUGGUUGAGGUAGACAUGCUGGUGGUUCUGUUUUGUCUUUCAAAAUCUGUGUUUGGGGGAGGAGGUUAGGCACAUGUCUCACAGUAAAGAAAUAAAUUUAAAAAAAAAAAAACAAAAAACAGUUAUUGUACAUGGAAGAGGAAAGCUCCUGCUUCCCCUGUGCAGUGGCUUCCUCCUGCAGCAAAGCACUGCUUGCUCUAACUUAGUGCAUGACCUCAAAGCCAAAGAGCUCCUCUCCUGAACUUACUGUGCGAUUUCCUGUAGGGCAGCAUGGAGUGAUUGACAGACACAUCAGGGAAACAGUCAAGGUACCUGAAUCACUUUGGUUUCAGGGCUGAUGGGAGAGGGAGCAAUAUUUUAACAAGUGCAUUUUACAAUUCACUGUUGUGGAGUUGCACAUUUAGAGUUUUUUUUGUUGUUGCUGUUUUUUUCUAAUUCCUUUGCCCUGUGCUCUUAAGCAACCAGGUAGCACAAAUCAGCUCAGAGAAAGCGUGUGGCCAGUUUUGCUCUGGGUUAAAAUUUUUUUCCACAGUUAAAGGAACCAAAAGUGCCGUUUCAACAACAGAAGGGCAAAAGAGAGAAAUUUUCUGCUUAUUACAGAAAACCACAUAGAACUAAAUUGUUAUACUUCAAUGGUGCCGUUACAGGUAAAAUAAUUUCUUAUUCAAAGUAAGAUAGUAAGUAAGUGGGUCUCAUUACAAGUAUUAUGUCUAAUACAGAGUCAUGUUACAAGCAGUUGCAUCUCCUUGAUUAACUGGGGCAUUGUAUGGCUCACUGGCUUUAACUAUUGCUGGGGAACACUUACUGUGUUAGAGAAUUAGAUUUACCAUUUGAAAAUCUUGUUAACGUAGAGCCGAAUUCUUCUUAGAGCUGUAUUGGCAUUUCCGUUUGAUUUGUCACACAGAAUUUCCAAGACUUGAUGCUCUUCCUGGUUUUUAUCAUUUAUUUUAAUGUAGCAGCAGAAGUUUAUAAAGGGAUUUUCUGUUUGGUAUAUGCGUACGUGACUUCCACCUUGUCAGCAUAGAUGCUUUUCUGGAGUUUUGCCUCAGACCAAACACAAAAGCAAUAUAAACUCCUGACAGAAGGUAGUGAUGGUGCAGCCAGAACGUGUGAGGGCUGUUUGCUUGUUUGUUUGUUGAGGGUUUUUUGGUUGUUUUGUGGGUGGUGGGUUUUUUUUUGGCCUUUCUUUUAUUAAGGUUUAGAUUUUGUACUUGUUCAAACAGUGCUCCUAAUUUGGGGGGUGAGGGGACUCUUACCUGUGUUGGAGAGGAGCUUCCCCAAGCCCCAUUUUCUGGCUUCUGGUGUUUAGCUUUGCAGACCCUUGGUUACUUGGGACAGGCUCCAAACCAGAGAGUAUUUAAUACUACAGGUUUUCCAUAGAUGUUUCUGUAAUAUGCUGGUUAAUUUAAAAGUUUGUUUGGAAAUAUACAUUGCUCUGAAAUUGAAUAAUUUUCCUUUCUGAAUUAUUUAUCUCCUUCAAUUUUAUAUAUAUAUAUAUAUAUAUAUAUAUAUAUAUAUAUAUAUAUAUAUAUAAAAAAUACAUAUAUGAGUGACAAAAACAGCAUUAUAUUGCAGGGGUUACCACUCACUAAUACUGUGAUACUGUGAGUCACAGGCUUUGUCUAGUUUUGAAAAGUUUAAGACACUAAAUUGCAAAUGAGGUGACAACACAUGCCUAGUUGUCAUAAGUAAAGUUAAUUGCCACUAACAUAGGAAAAGUAGUUAUUUGGGCUGGUGGCUAUUUGGUGCUCCGAGGCACUGAGUAGGGAAAGGAUUCAGUGAGCUCUCUUUUCAGGAGAAUUGUACAUCCUUGGUGAGGUGAACUAGAGAAGAAUUUGGAGGAACAGGAACUGGUGCUAUAUGUAUGCACAGUCCCCCACAGCAGGGAUUUUGUGAGGGGAAUGUGUGAGAAGGAACUUGAGGAAGAGAUUUUGGAAACCCCCUUAUUUAACGCUUAAAGGCAACUCAUCUGUGAGGACACUUAGGAAUGGAACCAACUGUUCCCUACAGUGGAAAAUGGUUUCCUCUCACCUUUCCUAAGAUGCCAAAGAUGCAUUCAGAGCUAAAUUUCAGGUACACAGAUGUUCUUGCACCAGCUGGUCCUGGAGCCAAGUGGACAGGGGCUGCAGCUGCUGUUUGGUAAGGGAGCAGGGCUGCUGCUGCCAGCUCUUGUGCAUCUCUUGCCUUUGGUAACUGUGGGUACAGAUCUGCAAGGAGUGGGGGCAAAGGGCAGUUUAGCGAGGGAACCUGUGCCCAGAGGCUCCCUCACUGCUGAUUUGGUGCAGCACUAUAAAGCUUGUACUUAAAAAAAGGAAAAUUAAAUUAUUUCACAAGUUGUAACUGAAAUCUUAGUUCUCCUUCUAGUGGACUGCCGUGGACCAGAAAUUAACUGGGGUAGCAGUUUGUUUUAUGGCUUACACUAAUUGUUAGCGGCCACUGGUGAUAUCCUGUAUAAUACUGGGGAUGCAAAUGUAAGAAAAAAGUGUCAUUGCAAUGAUGAUUUUUCUGUACAGCAAACUUGUGCUGAGUGCUAUAAAUACAUUCAUGUUUACUGCUUUAAAAAGAAAAUUGCACAUUUUAUCUUUCAGUGGGAUUGCCUCCCCUCUUCCCUUUCCAAAAAGAAAAAUCAAAGCUCUUUUAGACUGAUAGCUUCAGGUUGGGGGGAGCUUUGCCAUAUUAUAAAUAUAUAUAAAUAUAUGUAUAAAUAUACUUUUUUAAGCAUGAGAGAGGACAAAAGAAAUACUACAUUAUAGAGUACCCAAUAUAGAUCAUUAUACAAUGGAAUAUGCACAAUUCAAUAAAGAUGUAGUUAAAUUUAA